AUGGGUAUCAUCAUCAGUCUUUGCUGUCCUUGUUGUCACAAAACAGUGAAGAAAUACAACAGUAGUGAUUAUGGACCAACACGUAGUGGUACUAAUUCAAAUUAUCCAUACAAUGGUACCGAUCAUUCACCAGCAUCAUAUGAUAAUAAAAUUCAUGUUUCGGAAAUCUAUGGAAAUCAUUCUGAUGUUGAACUUGCACCGUCUGAUAAUCCAACAACAUCGACAUAUUUUGCAUCGAUGCUUCAACAAACAAAAGAAUCUACACAACAAUCAAUAUCAAAAAUUCUAAAUAAUGAUAUAAUUUUAUCAAUAAAAGAUCGAUCACCAUUAAAUCCACCACUAUCAAUAUCAUCAAAUCGUACUAAUUAUCAACGUGAUAUAUUACAAAAACAUUCAAAUUCAUGUUCAACUAUUUAUGUUGAUGAUUCAACUGUUUCACAACCAAAUUGGAAAGCUAUGAUUAAAUGUGUUAGUAUUGCUAUACAUUCACAUAUUGUACAUCGAAAAUCAAAUAAAACAAUGAAUAUAUUUGAUGAAAAACUUCAUCCAUUAACUAAAGAUUUUGUACCUGAUGAUUAUGAUCAACAAAUACCUGAACAAAAAACAAUUUAUCGAUUUAUGAGAAUACUUUUUACGGCUGCACAAUUAACUGCUGAAUGUGCUAUUGUUACAUUGGUUUAUCUUGAACGUGUUCUAAGUUAUGGUGAACUUGAUCUAUGUCCAUCUAAUUGGAAACGACUUGUACUUGGCGCAGUUAUGUUAGCAUCAAAAGUAUGGGAUGAUCAAGCAGUAUGGAAUGUUGAUUUUUGUCAAAUACUUCGAGAUAUAACUGUUAGUGAAAUGAAUGAAUUAGAACGUGAAUAUGUUCAAUUACUUCAAUUUAAUGUUAAUGUUGGUUCAUCAAUAUAUGCAAAAUAUUAUUUUGAUUUACGACAAUUAGCUAAAGAAAAUAAAAUAUCAUUUCAAGAUGAAUUAUUAACUAAAGAAAAAGCAAUUAAACUUGAAGCAUUAUCAUUAAUUAAUAAUCGUUUACAACAAUCAUUAUCUAUAACUAAAAAUCAAUCAAAUCAAACUCAAUUAAUACCAAAUUCUAAUCAAAUAACAUCCCAACAACAGUCAUUAGUUCCACUUCUUUCAUUACGACGUUCAGCAAGUGUUGAAUUUACUCAUUCACCACGUAAAUCUCUACUUAUUAUAUCUUAG